GCCUCAGACUGAUGUUUGUGUGUCAGAAAUCUAAAAUACUGUGUUCCCGUUGGCUGACCGGAUGUUUUGUGUUGGUUUUCAGCCUCGUUUGUGUUUACUUUUGGCUGAUUUGCUGUGUUUUGUUCUUGUGUUUUGUCCUGAGGAAAGGUGUGAAGACUGAACGCCCUCUGGAGCGUCUGUGGAUAGCUUUUGGCUGCGAUUUGUGAAAGUGACAUCUUAAGUUUCACGGGUGGUUAAGAGGAGAACCGCAUUAAAUUGGAUUUGAGUUUAAAGAUAUUCAGGGAAGGCUGAGCGUCGCAGGGAAGAGACAAACCCUGCGAAGGUCUCAGUUCUCCUCGUCACAUUCCCUCUGAUAUUUUCUGCCGUUUGUUUGGACGAGGCGUUGAGAGUGUCGUCCUAAUGAUGCACGGAUACGGAGGAGGAGUAAUGGGUUUAUGUGUGCUUUAAAAAAGAAAAUACGAGGUGGAAACUUUGAGCGUAAUUCUGAAUGUCUGUCUUGUAUUGAGCCUUCUUAUGUUUGUGUCUUUAGUUUGCUGAAUAACAGAUACCUGGCAUGUGAAGAGCGACGUUCAAGGUCACAAAGUGUCGGAGCACACGGCAUUUAUAAAGUCACAGGAUGUUGUUCCACAGAUAUUCAGACUCUGUUUGUCUUUCCCUCACAUCUGAAUGAUCCUCAGAAAUAAUCCAAAAAUGUCGUUUGCUUCUGAUUUCGAGCAGCACGGUUCAGAUGAGCUGAGGAUGAGGAGAUGAGGAGUGAUUCCAGUUGUGAUGAAUAAGGAAAUCAUGUCACGUGUGGUGAAGAAGAGGCAGGCGGACCCCAAAGUGGUCCAGUAUGUGUGGGCGGCCAUCGAGGUCAUCCGCAACCAGAAACAAAUUGCAAACAUGGACAGGAUCUCCAAGUACCUGAGCCGUGUGUUUGGCAUGCACCCUAAGGAGACUGCCAGACAGCUGAGCUUGGCCGUGAAGGACGGCCUGGUGGUGGAGACCCUGACUGUUGGCUGCAAGGGCUCCAAAGCCGGCAUCGAGCAGGAAGGAUACUGGUUGCCCGGGGAUGAGAUGGAGCCGAAAGCCGAGGGAAGCAAGGCAGUGUUGCAAAUCACUGAGCAGGACUGCUUAAUGGAGUGGGAGACGGAGAGCCACGACUGGUACUGCUUCGAGUGUCACCUACCGGGCGACGUCCUCACGUGUGACAACUGCUUCCGGGUUUAUCACCUCAAGUGUCUGUCGGAGGACUUCAAGCCCAGAGACGGAGGAUCCCACUGGCAGUGUGUCGUCUGCAGGGGAAGUAAAAAGAAGAACCUGAACAAACAGGAGAUGAGUAAAUACCUGCGCUUCAUCGUCCAGCGUAUGAAGGAGAGGGCAGUGGACCUGAACAAGAAGGGCAAAGACACUAAACAUCCAAUGUACAAGCGGCUGAUCCACACUGCGCUGGACGUCUCAAACAUCCAGGAGAACUUGACUGAAGGAAAAUAUAAAACCUUUGAGGAGUUCAAAGCAGACGCUCAGCUGAUUGUUCACAACACCGCCAUCUUGUAUGGAGUUCACAGUGACCAGGCAGAGAUUGCACGGCUGCUCUUCAGCGACACAUGCCAUGAGUUGAAUGAGUUAUUGUUGUGUAAGAACUGUUUCUACCUGUCGAACGCCCGGCCAGACAACUGGUUCUGUUAUCCCUGUAGCCCCAACCACGACUUGGUGUGGGCCAAGAUGAAAGGAUUUGGCUACUGGCCGGCCAAAGUCCUUCAGAGGGAGGACAACCAGGUGGACGUACGCUUCUUUGGCCACCAGCACCAGAGAGCUUGGAUCCCCGCGGACAACAUCCAGGACAUCAAGGUGAGCGUCCAGCAGCUGCAGGUGAAGCGCAGCAACGGCUGGAAGAAGGCGUGCGAGGAGCUGGAGGUGUACCAGCGCUUCCUUAGGGAAGGACGCUUCUGGAAAACAAAGAUGGAGGACGCCAACAUGCCACACCAGCAUCUCCAGCAGAACCAGAGUCAGAACCAGAGUCAGAACCAGAGUCAGAGUCAGAGUCAGAGUCAGAGUCAGAGCCAGAGUCAGAGCCAGAACCAGAACCAGAACCAGAACCAGAGCCAGCGGCAGCAGCAGCAGCAGGAGGGCAGCGGGAGGACGGACAGGCUGGAGCGGACAGACGAAGCCGAGUCCAGCAUCUCCUCCACCAGCAACGAGCAGGUCCGACAUGUAAGUGGGCUCAAAGGCAGCCAGGAGCCCAAGGCUAAGAAAAGUCGUCGAUCUCAAAUGGUCGAGCCCAAAGAAGAAGUCAGUCGUGUCCCAUCCUCUCCUCCCCGCCAGGACCCGGAGCCAGAGAUGGAGGCGGUCAGCUCCAGCCAGGAGAUCCCGGUGUCCUCGGCGCCGCAGCAGCCGGAGAAGCUGUCGGUUUCCACGCAGACCAAGAAGGCCAACGGAGGGUCGCCACGCACGCUGCACCGCGGCACACAGACCAACAGCGACGGCGCCUGCCAGAACAUGUGCCACGAGAAGUACACGAAGGUCUUCAACGACGUCAAGGAGAUGAUGAAGGCGGACAACAAGAGGGAGACGGAGAGGGUGGUCAGGGAGGCUCUGGAGAAGCUCCGGGCCGAGAUGGAGGAGGAGAAGCGGCAGGCGGUGAGUAAGGCGGUGGCCAGCGCUCAGGGGGAGAUGGAGAGGAAGUGUAAGCAAGUGAAGGAGAAGUGUAAAGAGGAGCUGGUGGAGGAGGUGAAGAAGCUGGUGGCCCAACACAAACAGCUCAUCUCCCAAACCAAGAAGAAGCAGUGGUGUUAUAACUGCGAGGAGGAGGCCAUGUACCACUGCUGCUGGAACACCUCGUACUGCUCCAUCAAGUGUCAGCAGGAGCACUGGCACGCCGACCACAAACGAACCUGCCGCAGGAAGAGAUGAGCGAGCCCCGCCCCUUUCCGACCCAACACAGCACGCCAUUGGCUCUCGCCCUCUCC